CCUCCACCCCCACCUCCGGCCCCGGUGCUGCCUUGUUCCGGAGGUAAGCCGCAUCAAUUCCACAGCUACGGCACUCCAGGAGGAGCCCCGGGAUCCUCCAACAAUGGCCCAACGAUCGUCAAAGGCGGUCAACUGCCCUCUGCGGCUUGUUCCCCUCAUCAACACGGUGGUCCCGUAGUUCUGUCGGGCGGAGUACCGCAGCCCCCCCAACCUCCGUUCCAGCCCUACAGCAACGGUCAGCAACAGCAGAAGGGCACCACAACUGCGUACAAUCCCGCUGGUGCUCCUUUCGGGACCACGACCACGGGCGGCACGCUCAAUCCGUCCCCGGGGACGACCGGUACUUGUUCGUCCAUGCUAGGUGCAGCAAUGCAGCCUGGCACGCACGGUGGAGGUGGAAAAAUGAUGCCGAAUGGUGGUGCAAAAGGACCACAACAACUCGGUCAUCAACCGCAGCAGCACAUGCCGCACCGCGGUGGGACGCUGUCCGCCACGACGACCCCACACACCAGCCCGCUACUCGGUCCAGGAGCUCCUGGUAACAAGAGCUUCUACAAUAGUACCGGGAACACGAUGAACAAGGGUUAUCAGCCCACGAAGUACGCUACAAAUUUGAACAAGGCCGGGGCUGGUAAAGGCGGGGCACUUGUUCCCUUGACAACUGGAGGCACCUCGAUGAACACGUCUUUCAAAGGGACCGGGACUGGAGGUAAUAUUAACAUGCAAGGGCAGGGAACUUCCUCUAGUGGUGCCGCCGUCCUCCUUGUUUCCGAAGAUAGCACUACCAGUACUAACGCAGGCGCGGGGAAACAAGACGUCGACCAUUUUCCCAGUACUACAUCCGCAGGAGCUGCGAAGAGCAGUCCCCCGUUCGUCGCUGUGAGCGCCCCCGUCCGUACCACGAGCACCAAAGCAAGCUCCAUUUCCACGGUCGCGCACCAGCUGACCGGGGACCGUGUGAUAACUACCACGGCCAAUGGAACGCUGCACUGCGACCUCGUGGUGACGACCAAGGGCGGCGGCGGGCCUGGAACUUCAUCCGUGACUGCGUCGCCAGCACUGAGCGCCGCCUCGGUGGACUCAUCUUGUUCGGGGCGAGACAAUGUCGCUUGUUCCACGAUCGUGCUGGAACAAAAUCCAGGUGGACCUGCAGGUGAAGAAAUGACACAGCUGAAGAUCAUCAUACGGUCUUGGCGUUCGCAUGGCGCCCUGAUAUACUUAAUAAGGCCAGCGGUUCUUGUGAAGGAACUAAACACCGCUCGAAUUCUAUUUGGCAAGAAAGUUUAUAUCUUGGUUGAAUUUGUUGAGAUCAGAUGAGAUGAACCUUAACCUUUUUUAGCUUGAUAUAAUACUUCAAACAAAAAAAUCUUAGGCGACACGACCCAGCACGGCGAGAUGUUGAAAAACAACCCGGAUGGACUUUUUGUCAAGCCAGAGAACAACAAGCAGCCCAAGGACCCUGCGCGCGACGCGCUGUUGGCAAAGAUGCGGGCCUAUCCGCCCCUGCCGGAGAUUGGCGACGAGGCGUCGCCAGGGACGCUGCGCGGCGGCGAUCUGAUCCUGCCGCCGUCCUCGGUCAUUGCUGAAACUUUGGAAAACGACCGGGCGAUGCGCAACGUGCAGACGGCAGUGGAUAAUAUCAAGGAAAAGCAAACCGGAGGGAACAAAGAAGACGAUAUUACAACUAUUGCGGAGAAAAACACCCGGGCCGGAUCGAAUUACAGCAGUACGAAUAGGUAUCGAAGAAACAUGAUGGAAAUAGGAGUGUUUCUUGAGCAAGUGGUUGGUGUUUGAUUUGAGAAUUACAAUUAUCUAGCGCAUGUGGAAUGCCAUUGCGAAUGCAUUUGCAUGGAAAUAAACUACAUGAUCAGAUGAAAAGUUCUAAGUAAAGGUGUCAAAUACAAACUUACAGCCCGGGUGGAGGUGGUGUCACCCAGACCGACGGCAACAACUCUUCUGGCGACAGCACCGCUAGCAGUGGGAAGAACGAGAACAACCACUCACCAGCAGCAGAAAAGAAGAACUUUCCAGGCCAGGAAACCCAUGGCUGUUCCUCGUCCACGGCUCAUUCGGGGACUACCGAGGCCGAAGCGACAGCGAGCACUUCUUUUGGGAACAACAACUUGGUAACCGCGGCAAGCCCAAGCGUUACCGUUACGACGACGGUAGCUGCUGACGACGGCUGUAGCGACGACGCUCGUGUUGAUCUUCAUGCUGUUGGAGGAGAUCAUAUUUCUUCGAAUACCGAAUCUAUGACAAGCAAAAAUGCAACCAAAAAUACAAAUGGCACUUCGACGACGACGACUUCUGAGCAAGAAGAUAACAACAUUGACGACAAAAAUCAACUCACGGCCUGUCCGUUGAAAAAAAUGAACUACGCGAAAAUGUUUCCCUCUGUAUCGUAUCAACUGCAAAAAUGUCUGGGUCAGGAAAGAAUGGGAUUUGUGAUGCUACCUUUGGACUUUGGAUAAUGAUAAAAUCUGUAUUGCAUGAACAGCAUAAAGGGUGCAAUUUGUGCUACGCGGAGAGGGCAUUUCUCAUGCGGUAUGAGUAUCAGAAAGCCCUCGCAGAAUCUCAGAUGCUAGGGCAUGCAUCACAGACCUCAUGGGUCAUGGAAAAUCUGCAUGACAUCUUCCAGACCCAGACAUUUUUACAUUUGAUAUAUCGCAGAGCAACACAACUAACACAACCUCGUCCACUUCUUCGAAAGCUAGUUCACCCGGCCCGGUACCCUACCACUUGUGCAAUCGCCCUGGUGGAGGUCCCUACGCGAAUUAUAAAGGCGGGAAUCAACACAGCAAGAUGAAUGAGUACCACCAGCACAAGGGUACCAGUGGUAAAAACACGACAAAGCGCGGCGGGGGCUACAACUGGCAGGCGAAUCUGCAGAAUGUUUUGCGAUCUUCGCCCGCGGUGGGUAGUACCGCUGUGGGGGAGCAAAAGGAAGAUGCUGGAACGGAGUCGAACCUUUUCAAACUGGUCUCCGAGGUCAUCGAAAGUAACGAACAGAAGGGCCAGAGGGAACAGGCAGCGAGACCUGCAUCUGCGUCGUCGUCAGGAGGGGCAGAUAGUGCUAGUGCAGAACAGAAGGACCACACGGUCAAUGAGGUGGACCAGCCUGACGCAAGAAGUUGCCACGAGUUCCAAAAACAGGAUGGUUUUGCGGUUUCCUCUCCUUCUCGUGACGGAGACAAAAAGGAGGUACUGAACGAAACGAUGAAUAAUUGUUCGGAAGAUGAUGUUGAGCGGAUGGCCGAUGCUGAAAUAAGCAGGUUGAAUAAAAUAUUGAACGGAGAACCAGGGAAGGAAGAUCCUACUGGAGAAGGGCAAGCGGUUCCGAAAGAGGGUGGGAAGAGGAAGCGGACGUCUCAAAGUGCAGCUACAAUGGUUGCUGCAAGGGACGAUAAAAGCUUUUUCGCACCCGAAGAGGGUGAGUCGGGACGGGAAGUGGCUGCAAGAACUGGUGCACAAGAACCAGAUCUACUUUAUUCCAGCGGUGCGAAAAAGCAAAAAGUCGACCACAGUCCACUGGAAACGACGGGCUCCUUCUCUCCGCACGAAAUUGAUUCUGAGUUGCGCGUCAGAACUUUGAAGAUGGGGGGAGAAGAAAAUAACGCGACCACUGGUGCAACAUCGAAAAGUUCAGCGGUAGGGUCGUUGGGUAUUAACCCGUCGACUACAGAAGGACCAGUAGAAGGAGUGCAAUUCCCCACGACCACCACGUAUCAGGGGUCGUUCGAAGACGAUAUGUUGUUUUUUUCUACCGCCACCGAUGAAGACUGCGUGUCCUGGGGGCAGACGCGCCUGCAGGAUUGGUUUUCCUCAACGUCGGGGCAGAAAAUGUCCCAGAUGCAGAACAUUCUCACCCCGUCCUACGCGACGAAGAAUACCAGUCCGGUCGCCUCCGAGCCGCACACCACCACCGCAUUGUCCUCGUCCAACGCAACAACUUCUGGAGCAGGAGCUUCUACCACGACGACUGCUACAAAAACGACCUCAGAAAUAAAGCAAACAAAGCAUAAUCAUGCGAAAGCUGAAAACACUAACACUUCCUCCCUAGCAAUGAAAGUGAACCAGGCAACCAAGGAAGCGAUUAAUGGAGGCCCGAAAUGGGGCGACCAUUUGUUCGGCGGCGGUGGUGGAGGACUUAGUGCCGCGGGAGAUCAUUCAGCCACCUGCUCCAUCGGACAGAUCGCACUCCCCCUGCCACAAGACGAAGAGUUUACGCCCGGAGGAGGCUUGCGAGAUCCCUUCGCUAAAUUUUCCAUGACUCUCUAG